GCAAAAGCAACGCCAAACAUGCCAAGAAGAUGGGGGAGAGCUUAAGUUUUCACCGUUUUCCCAAAGAUCCUGGUUUAAGAGAAGAAUGGGUGAGACGUUGUUAUAGAAAGGAUAAGUUUUCUCCAGAGAACAAAAGAAUCUGCAGCAAACAUUUUACACUAAACGAUUUCCAAGACUACAUGCAGGCUCAUGUGCUAGGUAGAUCUCCGAAAACCUUGAAAAGCACAGCAAUUCCAUCGAUGCAUCUACAUCCACCAACAUCACCCACAAAAGUUACAAAAAAUAGUGAUAAACGCAGAAAAAGAGCUCAAAAUAGAGAAUUAAAGAGCUUUGUAAAAGAAAUAAUGGACUCUACUAGUGUGGAAGCGAGUACCAGUGCCUUAGGAGCUGCUACUAGUAAUAUUGCAUCAGCUAGUUCCAGUGUAAUUACAACUAAGGAAUCUACUCUGACAAUUGAAGAUGAUCUACAACAAAAUAUAGCAACUUUACAAAAUGAAGUGGAUAAGCUAAAAUCCAGAAUAUGUGAGCAAGAGAACAAAGAACAGUCUUUGCGAGAUAAAGUUUUGCAAUUAGAAGAAGUUGUAAAAGAUGCGAAUAAAUCAUUUGAAGAGACAACGAAAGAGGCAUUUUAA